GCUGCGCCAUUAUUCCGUCGAGCAAAGGAGAUUGACAGAAGGUAUCGCUGAGAGAAAGCCGAAAAAAGAUUUUUUUAUAUAACGUCUUAUUACAUUUUGUUAUUAGGCGUGUAUUAUCAUUUUUUUAAGCCUGCUGAGCAGCCGGCUGAAUCCGCCUGUCUUUCUUUUUCGUCUCGUCGUUAGGCCCCGAGCGGCUACCACCAACCAUGGCUUUUUAAAGGGCACUAUGCGGCAAGAGUAACUGCAAAUGGCGAUGCAUCGGCAAAAACCCUCGCGCAACCGCGUCCUCGCAACUGCCAAGCAGUUGGGCUCCAAUACCGCUCGCGGUAUACCAUCGAGCCAACCGGUACCGCUGCUGCUGGACCGGAGGAAGCUAACGUUCGUAGCCAGCUAGUUUAGCGCGAGCCCCAAACGAUUACAUCCAUCGUCUUCUUCGUAAACAUUGUGCGUAACAAACAACAUGAAGCCUCAAGACAUCCUGGUCCCAAAGAGCAGUAGUAGCCUAUGGAUCUUCGGAUACGGCUCGCUGGUGUGGAAGCCCGACUUCAAGUACAAGCAGAGCAAAGUGGGCUACAUUCGAGACUACAAGAGACGUUUCUGGCACGGGGACAACUUCCACCGCGGUAACGAUGAGUUGCCCGGAAGAGUGGUGACGUUGAUUCCAGAGGAUGACGCGAGCACAUGGGGCGUGGCCUUCGAGGUGAGGGGCGACCAGGUGGAGCCGGCCCUCGACUACCUGAACAUGCGCGAGGCAGUGCGGGGCGGCUACAUCACUGAGAUGGUGGCCUUCCACCCAAAGGAAGGCGGUCCAUCAGUAUCAGCGCUGUUGUACAUCGCCACCUCCGACAACCCCUUGUACCUGGGGCCCGCCGCACCAGAGGAGAUUGGUGCGCGCAUCGCUGUGUGUGAAGGCCGCACGGGUCACAACCUGGAGUACCUGCUGCGACUGGCCGCCUUCAUGCGGACCAGAUGCCCGCACGUGGACGACCAGCACCUGUUUGCCGUGGAGGCGGCGGCGCUGGCCAUGGUCUCCUACUUGUUGGAGGCCCAGUAGUUUAAAUGCACACGAGGCUUGUCUAUUGGUCUGUUUCAUCGAGUAACACUAAGCAUUAACAUAACUACUGUAAUACUAAACCUUUUUCUGGUUUUUUUUUUUUUUUUAAUUUUCUGCACAGUUCUGUCCAUUCGUGCAAGGUUAUGCACACGCAUGAAUGCAAAAGGUAAUGUUCAUCAGCAUGAGAAUAAAAAUAUUGAAAGACUAA